CACACACACACACACGGAGCCAGGCGCGCGCGCACACACGCGGAUACAUUAGCCAGUCCAGCCCCACAGAGCCAGGCAAGAGGCAGCGCCUGCCACCUCCAUCCAGCCCGGCGCGGGCGGGCAGAGCUGAGCCCGGAUCCUCCCGCCGGCCGCUGCCUCGGCCCGGGGCGGCGAAGACACGCCGGGGGGCGAGGGCUCGGCAGCACCCGCCACUGCGCGCCUGGGGAGGGCAGGGAGGGGGGCUCGGAAAAGUUUGCCUCGGCAGCCCGGGGGGUCUCCCUGUCCCAGCCCCCGGGGCGGGGGGGUCGGAUCUCACCUCGAGGCGAGGCGGAGGGGGCAGAAAGCCCCGGGAUUUACUGAGCUCGGAUUUGCCUGGCGCACCAUGUCUCCCCGGCUCUGCGCUGCCGCCGGGCUGCUGCUGCUGCUGCUCCUGCUGCUGCUGUCACUCGCGGCCGGGGCCGACGGCAAGGCUCGCAGCUGCGCCGAGGUGAGGCAGGCGUACGGGGCCAAGGGCUUUAGCCUCGGCAACAUCCCCUACCAGGAGAUCGCAGGAGAACAUUUGCGAAUCUGCCCUCAGGAAUAUACAUGCUGCACAUCAGAAAUGGAGGACAAGUUGAGCCAGCAGAGCAAACUGGAAUUUGAAAACUUGGUGGAAGAGACAAGUCAUUUUGUGCGCACGACCUUUGUGUCCCGGCACAAGAAGUUUGAUGAAUUUUUCCGAGAGCUUCUGGAGAACGCAGAAAGAUCCUUAAAUGAUAUGUUUGUACGUACAUAUGGGAUGUUGUACAUGCAGAAUUCCGAAGUGUUCCAGGAUCUCUUCACAGAACUGAAACGAUACUAUACAGGAGGCAAUGUGAACUUGGAGGAGAUGCUGAAUGACUUCUGGGCUCGGUUAUUGGAGCGGAUGUUCCAGCUCAUAAACCCCCAGUACCAUUUCACUGAGGACUACCUUGAGUGUGUGAGCAAAUACACAGACCAGCUGAAGCCAUUUGGAGAUGUACCCAGGAAACUAAAGGUUCAAGUUACUAGAGCUUUCAUUGCUGCACGGACCUUUGUUCAGGGGUUGACCGUAGGCAGAGAGGUUGCAAACAGAGUAUCAAAGGUCAGCCCAACCCCAGGGUGCAUCCGGGCGCUAAUGAAGAUGUUGUACUGCCCUUACUGCAGAGGACUCCCCACUGUGAAGCCUUGCAACAACUACUGCCUCAAUGUAAUGAAGGGCUGCCUAGCAAAUCAGGCUGAUUUGGAUACUGAGUGGAAUCUGUUCAUAGAUGCUAUGCUUCUGGUGGCGGAGAGAUUAGAGGGACCGUUCAACAUUGAAUCAGUCAUGGAUCCUAUUGAUGUCAAGAUUUCUGAAGCCAUCAUGAACAUGCAAGAAAACAGUAUGCAGGUGUCAGCAAAGGUCUUUCAAGGAUGUGGCCAACCUAAACCAGCACCUGCUUUAAGGUCUUCCCGCUCUGUUCCUGAGAACUUCAAUACCCGCUUCAGGCCAUACAAUCCAGAGGAGAGGCCAACAACAGCAGCAGGCACGAGUUUAGAUAGACUGGUAACAGACAUUAAAGAAAAACUGAAGCUUUCCAAAAAGUUCUGGUCAACUUUACCAUACACCAUCUGCAAAGAUGAGAGAGUAACAGCUGGCUCAUCAAAUGAAGAGGACUGCUGGAAUGGGCAUACCAAAGCAAGAUACCUACCUGAGAUUAUGAACGAUGGGCUGACCAACCAGAUCAACAAUCCAGAGGUAGAUGUGGACAUCACAAGGCCAGACACCUUCAUUCGUCAACAAAUUAUGGCCCUACGAGUCAUGACAAACAAACUGAAGAAUGCAUACAAUGGGAAUGAUGUGAACUUCCAAGAUACAAGUGAUGAAACCAGUGGCUCAGGAAGUGGAAGUGGUUGUACUGAUGACAUCUGUCCUACUGAGUUUGACUUCAUCACUACUGAAGCUCCACCUGUUGACUCAGACAGAAGAGAAGUGGACUCUUCAGCAACCCAAUCUAGCCAGUCACUCCUUACAUUGUUCAUGCUCUGCAUCAUCCUUGUACUGCAGAAACAAUGGAGAUAAUCCUAGAUCUGGUCAGAGAGACUGUGUUUUAGCUACAAAAACAGCCAACUUUCUUCUUUUCUUACACUUUUGGACAAAGGACCGUGCCACAAAUACUUACCGUUUUCUAUGAAAAGAGAGCAGUACUGCAACCUACUUUCCUUUUUGUUUUCCCAAAGAGUACAAGGUGCCAGAAUGAACUGCUUCCUCUUUUUUUCAGAAAUGUCUGAAGACAACGUCACUCAGAGUUCUUUCUCAAACCUUUAUUACAGGAGACUUUCUGAGCUUCAUUUUCUUUUAUGCUGCAGAUGUAAAGGGAUCUUAGAGUAUAUGUUUUUCCUUAACAAAAAAGAAAAAAAAAAAGAAACAAAGAGAACAAUUUUCCUUCUAAAUCAGGCCAAACCCAAGACUGCUGCAUUUUCAACAAAGAACAACAACAAAAAAGACAAAAAAGGAACAAAAAUGCAAAAGUUCUCUACUGACAGCCAGGCCUCCUUUAGGAGCUUCUGUAGGGUCAUCAAAUGAUCAUUACUGUUGUGAGGAAGUCUGAAUUUUUUCUAACACAAAGAUAAAAGUAUGUCUCAGUGGUGACUGUCUUGCACUCCAUCUCCCAACAACAUCAAAUUGGUAUGAAAGUAAAGAAGCUUAAAAAAGAAGCGUACGCGUAUCUUUUGACAUUACAGUAACACCACAAGGCUCAGAGUAUCAUGCUACAGUUGCAUAGGAUUUAAAUCAUAAUGCCCAGUAAACAUUUGAGUAGUGGCAGUAUUUCUCUUAGCUUUUUUCAGUAUUUAUCCAUGUUAUAUAUUUGGCACAGAUUUCUAGCUUCCCAUCAACAAAGGGGCUAUGCUAACCAAAAAAUCUUCCCACAAGGGUUUGGACAUAAAAUUAUCUCUUGUGAUAUAAUCUCUUUCCUUUUGCCACAGUUUUGACAUGGAUUAGAAUUUUCUGCUACUGUAUUCAUUAUCCUACCAAGAUGACAGUUCUCUAAUGGACUGGGAAUGGUGAUUGGAUCAAUCAGUGAGGUUCACAUAUAACUACAUCCUUCGUGUCACUUAGUUUCUGUAUCACAAGGGGUACUUUGCUACAAAAAGUCAAGACAAAGAAAUAUAUAGUACUGACAUGGAGAUUUCUUUCACUUUUUUAGUCUUAGUAUGAUCAUCUAUUUUUAUAUAUAUAAAUAUAUAUAUAAAUCACAGAUUUUAACUUCUUAAUUACAAGCUCAGGGUUGACACAUCUUUGUAAAGAAAAAAUGUUUUGUCAACCAGCUCUUCUUAUUUUGUGCUACUCUGAAAAGAAACCCUUUAAUGACUGAUGAGCAUAAGAAUGAAAGAAGAGAACUUUUUACAUAUCCAGUUGUCCAUUUCUGAAAAAGUUGCAAGCUGGGGGAGAGAACCCUUUUUGCGUGUGUUCAUUUGUGUGGGCAUGUGAGUUUGUGUGGGGUGCCUACAGAAGUAUACAGAGCCAUGUGACUUUAUUUGUGAUGGCAGUUGUAUUCUCAAAUGCGUGAAGAAUAUGUCACUUUAAUAAUCAUUGACUACAUAGUUGUGUCUCUGGAUAGAAUAUUGCUGGUUUAUAUUGGAUUGUACAACCCGAGGCUAUUUUAACACCUGAAUGUCAGGUGGUAGGCAGACAUCAAACCUGUCCCUCCCCCAACCAUAAAGGGCUUCUGUGAAAAUUUUGAGAGAUGAAAAUCAUUUCCUAAAAAUAUAUGUCCUCAUUCCUAUAAAUAAUCUAGAGUUAGUAUGGACAAGAUAUGAAACACUUUAAACCAAGCCAGCCACAUAAUAAUCAAAUUGUUGAACAUGUAAACUGCAUAUGUUCUAAUCUCUUUUUCUUGUCAAAUUAUAAUUAGCUACCAAUUCAACCAUUGAAUUAAAGUAGUAAACAUGUGGCACAAUAGGAAAAAGUAUACUUAAGCACUUUUACCAAAAUAUUUACAAACUAGCAACAUAUUAUAUCAAAUAAGAGAAAUAAAUUGUAGGCUAAGACACUGUAUUCCUUUUUAUGUUUUUGUUAUGUAUUUAAAACUGAUAAAUUCCUGUAUUGUUGAUCCAAUUCAGUAUUAUAUGUUUUCAUGCAGAAGCCACUAGCUUUAUGACCAUCUUCUGAUUCAUGUCACACAUUUCGUAGCUAGAUUUUUGCAGGUUUCAGUAAUUCUGACAAUUUGCUUUAAUGCAUGCUUUAGUUGUGAAAAUUAAAUCUCUUUGGUAACAUCAUCAGUCGAAUUAAAGCCAACUCAGACAGCAAAAUUGUCUGACUGGCAGUCUGGUCCAGUCUAAGCAGAAGUUCUUUCCUUCUAAUUCCAUCACUGACUAACAUAUACAGGAUCACAGGAAGGAUAUUUUUAAAACUCUUCCAUGGUCCUCAGACUCCUACAUAAUUAUUUGCUCUGCUACACUUCCCAAGACCUGUUCCAGAACACAAAAGGUUUCAAUUUCACUUUCUCCAUUAAGCAUUUAUUCUGCAGUACCUGAUGCCAGUCCCACCCAAUUACCCUGUGUCCUGAUGGUUAUAUAGUAUGUAAUGACAUAAACCAUAUCCACCUCUAUUGGGCAAAGCAGAGAUAAGGAUAAAUUUUAAAGCAAGGCAAUUCUGACUCCUUUCUUUCUUACUAGUUUUGGCACAGGUUAGGUCACCUGGGGAACUGCACUAAGCUGCACCAGCAGGGCAUGGUUGAAGUGCAUAGCUGGAAUCUAUUAUACUGUAAUCACUGGGCACUGACAGACAUGCAGCUCCCCACUAUAACUCAUGGCACUUUAUAUGAAGUGCUAUGAGUUACAGUAACCUCUUCUCCAUGCACGCCCGCCCCCUCCCCCCCAACCCAAAAGACAUUUGCUGUUGGGUCAGGGGAGGAAGGGGGGGGGGGAUGAUUAAGCUACACUUUGGAGCCAAUCCAGGAGGAGCUGUGUGUCUGCAGCCUCUAUCCCCUAGACACCUCCUCCCCGCACUUCAACCUCUCCCUCCAAUGUAGUCUGCAAAAUGGGAGAGGCAAAAGGGAGUGGGAGAUAGCUGCAGUCUGGGAUUUGCCCAGCCUGUGCUGGGGGUGGGGAAGGUGGCUUGCAGCCCCUCACUUCAGAGAGGUACUCCAACCUACCCUCCCCCACUCCAGCACAGGCUGGGCAAACCCCAGCCCACAGCUCCCUCCCACUACCUUCUCCCCCUCCUAUCCUGCAGACAGCACCAGGAGUGUGGCUGGGCUGCAUCAGUCCAGUCCUGCUCACACACAGGGACUGACAGAAGUUAAUGAAGGUGCUCCACUUUGGAGCGCCUUCAUCUGAACCUACAUUAUAUGACGGUUAAUUUGUCACAUGAUCAGGCACUUUUACUCUGCAGCCAUGCACUUCUGUCAGGGUACAGCUAUAGAGCACUUUCAGGGAGCCAGUCGCAUGACAAAACAUCACUUCUUUGAGCGCUCACUGAUCCCAUUGCCUGUAUCUAGCACCUCUUCAGCAGGAGACUUCAGGAAGGAAGGGACAGGAGCAGGUGAAUCCCCAGUAGGGGACUUGCAGGAGACUUCUUCUUUCUUUUCAUUACCUUAACAUUAGACAGAGUUUGGACUGUAGGACAGGAUCUGUUCUAUUAAAACAAAUUCAUUUCAGUGUAAGCUGAUUGGCUUUACUGCACCUACAUGAGGAAUUAAUUAUUUUCUAUAGUAUUUCCCUUCUGUUUGCCUACUAUUCAGAAAUGGUUCAGUGUCCUGACAUGGCAGUCCUUUUGUAUGAGACACCACAUGCACAUAUUUCAUGCUACUCUCUAAAGCUUCCUUUGCACAGAUGAUAUUUUUCUUAGACUUAAGGGAGCUGUUAUAUCUAAGGAACACAUGAAAUUGGGAAUUAGGAAAUAAAAAGUGCUCACAAGUGUACGAAUCUACAUCAUUUAAAGUACCUCUACUUGAAUCCCCUUAUUAUAAUAAUUAUUUUUCUAAAGAUAAUAUUCUUUGUGUACCACCAUUUCUUUUCUCUUAAUCAUUGUUAAAGGAAGAGAUAAUAAAUAAGGAUAAUAUACUCUACAGCAAACAGGACCUACAUUCUGAAGUAAAGUCUCUUUAUUGCGUGGCAUUCUGUUGUCACAGUCCAGAAGCCCCAUGCAUCUUUGGAGGAUUUCAGUGAAUUAGGUGUAGUAAUGAAUAACACAGUGGGUGCAGUAGCUUUUUGUCUGGUUUAUUUUAGUAUUCCCUUUAUUCUGUGUGUCCUCACAUUUGGGGGUUUCAGUGUGCAGCCAGCUUUUGUUUUGUACAACUGCAAGCUGAAUCACAGAUGUUGUUAGAAAUGAGGGAGUUUGCAACAGUGGGGUAGGAGGAAAGGAUGGAAAAAUCAGAUUGAGAUUUCUUGUUCAAAAUGAGAAAGAGAAGAAUAUUCAAUGUGUCAUAGAUAGGAUCCUAGUAAAAGCCAACACAUGUCAGUACAUCACACAGCUUGUUCACAUAAAGCUACUCAUUCUUUACAUCUUUUAGCAUCUUCAAAUGAAUGGUAAAUGUCAUCCUAGCACUGAGUGGUCUUCUAAAGAGGAACAUUAAAGAAGCAAGUUUUCCCCAACUGUCUGAACCAAUCCUGAUCUUUUUCAUGCAACAUAUGUAUGAUUUAGAACUGCCCUUGGAGAACUGCAAAGCACAUGCUAAUGCAAGUCAUGCUUAACAUCAUCUAUCUAGUUAUUAAUCUUAACCAACCUUAAGAUUUUCUUCAUAUUGUCAAUACAGUUUAAUUGCUAUUUCAUGCAAAUAUUUUUAACCUAUUUUAACAGAAAAAAGAAACACCAUGCCAGUUAAUAAGACUUCUGUGAUUCCCUCUUCACUUUAUACAUAUCAAAAAGCCACUCAAACAAAAUAUAGAGACUAUAGAAAAUCUAGCAAUAAAGUUGCCACAGAUUUUUAUAGAAGCUAGAAGAAUACGUGCAAAUUGCAGAUAUUGACAGAGAACCCAAAUUUGAAACUCCAUAAAGCUGGCAUUUAUAACACUAACCAACAAGUAAUUCUCUACUUCUGCAGAUCUGGCAGAUAAGAAGGAAUAGACCCAAUGAGAAUACAAUAUUCUGUGGAAUUGUGAAAUCCCCAAAAUUGAUAUGGUUUCAAAGGGAGAGAAAACAUUAAAAUGCUUAGACUAGAGGCAAUGUUGUAAAUAUACUUUCAGAAAGUGAGACAGACAACAAUGAACACCUUCCAAAUAAGUAAAGACAGACAGACAGUUCACUCAAUGGCAUAAUGUUUCCAUUCUGCACAGACACACUCACUGUGAUGAUCACUGCAAUUAUGCACCUUUUGUUAAGAAAAGCAGUGUACGAAAAUCUAGAUGUCUUGGUUAACUGCAGCACAGAGUGAAAAAUAAGUAACAUGCUACCCUCAUCAUUGAUGAUAAGGCUUAGGAGGACUGAAUGGAAUCCUAGAAUCAGAGGGUUCAAUGGGAUUUCCAGAGUCAUUUAGUCCAAACCCCUGCAUAAAAGCAGGAUGCACUGUUCCUGAAAUCAAGAAAGCAGGUUUAGAGAAGAGAAGCAGCAGUUUGAAAAUUUUUUUAGCAUCAGGGAAGGGAGCAGUCUUAAAGUUAUUCCAGUUACACACUUUUUUGACAGGCUGUUCCAUCUUCAUAGACUUAUUUCUUGACCAAAGUUAUUGCACAAUUAUAUGAUGAUAACUUGAUAUUGGUAAUAUUAAUUAUCCUUGUACUCUACUUAGCAUUGUUUUCAGUAAAAUGACCAUCUAGAUUAUAGUUUUAGCUUUUCUGGCAACUACCUAAUUAUCUUGUGUCACAUCUGUACUUUAUGUGUAAGAUACAGGUUCCAUUGAAGUCAAUGAGGGCAUUUUUAUACGUGUAAGUGCCGCAGCGCUGGGCGUUUUGAAAAGCGCCUGGCACUGUGCCGCAUGCAAUUGUAUAAGCAUCAAAAUGUGCAGCAGCACUGAGAAAAUGGCAGCAGCACACUUUUGAACUAAAACACUUUGGAGGUGCUUUAGUUCAAAAGUGCACUGCCGCUAUUUUCUACACACUGAUGCACAUCUUGACACUUGCACAACUGCACAUGGCACAGCGCUGUGUGCGUCAGCUCACAUGCAGAGCAGACACGAUUAACCAAGUUUGCUCAGAGGCGGCGGAUCUCUGCCACGUUCCCAAAUGAAAAUGUAUGUGUAUAAAUGCCUUUAUAGUUCUGCCGCUGACCUCAAUGGAAAUUCAAAAAGUGCUGGGCAUUUUCUGCAAAAUUUUGUAGAGCUCCUUUUUAUGGAGGGAUUUUUUGUAGUUUGUCAUUGGGUUUCAUUUAGAUUCAAAACCAAAACUUACAAAAUUUUCCAGGAAACAGACUGUAGCCCUGCCACCAGUCCUCACACGUAACCCACAUGCAGGGGAUCAGGAAACACUGCAGACAGAAGUGACUGUUUUUGCCCAACCUUCCCCUCAAGGGUAGGGCAGGUGUGUUGGAGCCCCCCUUUCCCCCAAGGAGGGGCUCCAAUUCAUCCACCCCACCCUUCAGCACCAGCUGAGGAGCCACAUGAAUAAGCUUUCACUGCCUCUUCCCCCUCCCUAUCUGAAAACAGCAAUCACUGGCAAAGAGCCUUAGCCACUGCUAUGGGAACCUGGGUAGAGGGUCCCAGCCCCCAGAGAGGUUCCCUUCUCACCUGGAACCAACAGUGAACUUCUGUUUGGUCUGGGGUAAGGUUGUAACUCAGAGCGCUUUGCAGAAAAUCUUCUGGUUAAAGCUGGGAGCUGCACUUCUGUCUGUACCCUAAGGCUCCCAACUAAGAGGUACCCUUCCUGAGAGAAACAACCUGAUUUCCAGAGAAACUUAAUUAAAACCAAACUAUUUCAUUUAAAUGGUUCCAUUUACCUAGCAGCUCCAAUUUCAACUUGUCUCUGACUAGGUACCUUCUGUAUUAUGCCUUCUGUAUUCACAUAUGGAUGUCUCAAGUGCACUCUCCAUGGUUUUUCCCCCUUCUCUAUUCCAGCCCUAGUAAAACAGUAAACUACAAAUUUCAGGAAAAAGGCAAUCUCCAGUGGUACUGCUUGUUUGUUGCAUCCAAAGCAACUGCAUUACCAAGAUCAAAGCUUGCAUUUUGGGGGUUUCUUUCAUAACCAAAAAUAGAGAGGCAACAAAAAGAAAAAAAACUUUUUCCCUCCUCUCAGCUAAAAUGCAUUGGUCUCCAAAUUGCCAAUAUUUCCUCUAGUCUUUAUUUAAGCAAAGGAAGCUAGAGAAGACAAAUCAUAUCCUUCUAAAAUCAGAAAUCAGUAAGACAUUUCCCAAAAAUCAAGAGCAGUAGUUGGCUUUUCGCUUUGAGGAGGAAAGAAGCAGGAAAGACCUCUACCUUGUCUAAAGUUAGAGACUAGUCCUUUAGACAGCUGUACUGUUGUCACUCCAUGAGCUAUUAUACCCCUACAGUGCUCCUCUGAACUUGGGUGCUCCCACUCAGAUUAUCUGAGACAGAUAAACUGUACUGUGUGCAUUCCAUCUACAGACUGUGAUAUUUUUUCUUCCAAUAAGGACAGUGAUGAGUGAUUAGGAAAAGCAUAGAUUGCAGAAUGAAACCCAACACUUUUUCAUGUGAAGAGGGAAGUAACUGGGAAUCAACAGGCCUACAACUGGACCUCACCACUAUCUUUUUCUUUUCUUUUACUCUCAGAAUUACUUUCCUUUUAGACUUGAUUUUACUAACUGGUAGUUUAUCGACAUGCAGUCAGGAAAAGGUACCAAUCAUACUUCUGAAUUUUGAGAUAUUUGCUUAGCUUCCUUGCUAGGCCUCACUCUUGUCUCAUUUUCUAGGCAUGCAGUCUAGCUCUGUACUGGGGGAAGAAUUCUGCUAUCUUAAAUAGAAUUAUGUGAUGCAGAGGCCUCUGCCCUAAAACCACAAAUAUCUGAGCAACAAAAGCUCAUCCUGUUUCUAUCUCACAUUUAUUUGAAUUACUAAUCUCCAAUAUUUGUCCAGUGAGCUUUGUUCUAAAACCCAAAAAGGGCAAGUCUCUGAGAUGUGGGAAACUCAAGGUGGAGUCCCUGGUCUGACUUAAAACUGAACAGGGGCAUGAGCCUAGGAUUCCCACAUCCCAGUCGAUGCCCUGACCCCCAGGCAUUUGCUUUUCAGAGCUCUCUCUCGCUCACUCACUCUCUCGCUCUCUCUCUCUCUCUCUCUCUCUCUCUCUCUCCCCAUCCAGAAAUUUCCUCCUAAAUCCAAUUCUGUUUUUUGUCAAAAAGUUUCUGACCAGCUCUGCUCUUAAUCUUAUGUGGUUUAAAUGACCAGCAUCCCUGUAGCUAUCAUUUCACCUAAAGCUAAGUCUAGUGCAUAAGAUGGUUCUCUCUUUCACUGAACAGCAUAGAAAUAGCUUUCAAUCUUCCUUCUAAAUAGCCUCUACAGAGCUCUUCUAUGUCUGCAUUUAAUUUAGCUCCAUGCCUCUUGCUUCAGUCAGGAAAGAUAAUGGCAACCAGAAACCUGAACUAUCCUUUCUCUUCUUAACAGGAUCUAUUGCACCUUACGUCUACCCCUUAUUUUAUACUCCAUAAUCAUCUAUUAGUAUAGUAUUAUGGCUUUUAAACUACACUUUGACUCAGUAGUUCCAGUGUGACAAACUAUUGUUUUCUUUUCAUGACAAUAGCAUAUAGUUUGCAUUUUCAGUUGUCCUGUUGUACUGUUCUUUCAGUAAGGCCAGUAACAAGGAAUUUGCAAUAUUGCUGAAAACAGAUAAGCUCAAAUUCAGCAUCAUCAACAAAGGUCUGAGACUGAUUCUGUAUGCAUUUGCUUUUGCUUGCUGACUUGCUUUGUUCCUAUUUUAUUUGGUUUUGGUUGUUUGAUUGUUUGCUUGGGUGGACUUUUCUCCUGAUAUUUGAAUAUUUUCAGUGUUGUUUUGUUUACAUUUAUAUUAACUGUAUGUGCAUUAGGUUAUAUGCAUGCAAGAUACAUAUAUAUGAACCAUUUAGAUAAUCACAUGGAGUAGACAGAUAUUCAAUAGUUCACUGAUCUCAGAAUAUGUCUACAGUGCAAAGCAGUGACAUGCAGAGAUACCCAAUGCCAGCUCUGUGUGUUCCUGCACUGAGAUUGGAAGCAGUGUAGCCACAUCAUAUCACGAUACCCAGGCUAGUUAGCUCUACUGAGAAAUACCAACUAUACUGCUUCUGAUCUGUGGAAUUAUAACAUGCACUGGGGAUCUCUACAGUGUGUUGCACAGAUAUACUCUGUGUUUUCACAUUAGCUACUUCUGCCCGAAUAUAGCAUAGGGUCUGAGAAAUCCUGAUACAGGAUCUAACUCCAAACGUCCUUCAGGAUUUUGGGGGAAAUUCAUGUUAUUAAAGAAAGCUGGGGUGGGGUGCAAAAGUAUUUUAAAAUGGUGUGAUUUCAGGCAUCUAUGUGAAUAUGCACGUGCGUACAUGCACUAUUUCAGGCUUGUCCAACAUAGGGCCCGCAGGCCACCAUGCAGCCCUCCAAGCUGUUUCUGAGGCCUGAGGUGCUGCGACAGGAAAUGAAAGUAAACACUGUACUUUUGUUUCGGGGUGGUGAUGUGAUACCGCUUCCUGUGAGGUCUUUGAAUAUGGCUCGCCAGCCCACUGGGUGAUAAAAAGUUCAUGAUCCAGCCCCACAUUCAAAAAAGUUGGACACCUCUGCAUUAUUUUAAAAAAUGUUAGAGUCCCCUUCCAAAUUAAGUUAACCUGAAUGCACAAUGAUCAUUGGUGGACAUUUUGCACUCAGAGAGCUAAAGAAGCCCAAAACUACAUUAAACAUGGAACAUUUAUAUGCAACCUCCCUCCCAUGUCACCUCUUCAUCUUUAUUAACAGAAAUAACAUUAUAUCUAUUAGCAGUUUGGACAGUUGUAUAACUAGGGGUGGGCAACUGAGACACCAGCCCCAGGCACCAAUUUUGAGGGAGUGCAAGAAUGGCUGCAAACCCACUGCUGGCCCACCUGCCACCACCAUCACUACCCAGAUGUCACUGCUGCUCAGGGCACAGAAAUUGCUUCUUACACCUCUGCAUUUCAAUACGUUUACAGAUUCAAGGGCAAGUUUGUUAUUUAAAUACAGAACAGACAAAAACUUGAAUCAGGAAACAACUGAUGACUGUAUGUGUUGAUUAAAUUUGUAUGGACGUAGACAGCUUGUAAGAACUUUGCCUAAAAACAUGGAAAUUAUUACUACAGUUUUUUUUAUUGCUGUAUUUAGAAUAAUAUUUAACCUAACUGAAUGUCAAGCAAUGAGGGGAGAGUCUUGCUCUAAAUUAGCAGUAGCAUAACUGAGGACAGGGCAACCAGGUCAGCAACCCCACACAUCGCCUUUGUUAGGGGGAGAAGGUGCAAAAAUAGUUGCAACUGCAGCAGCAGCUGAUUGUACCAUUGUAAUUGGCAUCAUGGGAGCUGACAUCUGCUCUGAGUGCAGAGAUGCCCAGCUAUUGGUCUGAAACUACAAUUUCAUCAUUAUUCUACAGAUACAAGAUUUCCACAAUCUUAAUAUUGCAGCCUAAUCUGAGACAAAAAAGAAAACUGAUUAUUUCACAUUUGGGACAUGGCAAAAAAUUAUAUGGUUUGUGUAUUUGAAGGAUACAAAACCAAAUACAUUACAAUUUAAAAGUAUUAAAAUUAGAAGUUCAGCUUUACUACUAUUUUGACUACUAAAGGUAUUAAUCUAGAUAUAAAUAAUAGAUAGCAGUAUACCAAGGCAGAGUUUGACCAUUUAAGGAAAAGAUUGUUCCUUCACUUUAUUAUAUAAAAAUGUAAUGAACCAUAGACAGAAAUGAAGACAUACAAAAACUGUUUUGAUAUAUUCCUAAAAUGGACUUUGGAGAUCCCAGUAUUUUUGGGUAAAAUGCCUUAAGUCAUUUUCAAUAGGGCUAAUGCAAUUGAAUCUUUCUCUACAUAUAGCCUUUUAUAAUAACUGCUCUAUAUACAACGCUGAACUGCUAUUUUCACUAAAAGUCAUGUACAGCCUUAUGAAUACUAGACCUGUCUCAUUACAGAAGACAAAUCAAGAAGUUUCUGCCUUGUUAUCUGUAAAUGCAAUUUCAAUCCAAAUUGUACAUUAACAGCUUCAUGAGAAGAAUUGCAGUACUACCUGAACUGGAAAAAUCUGCCUAAUGGGUAAACCCUAAAUUCUCCCAAGUUUGAAUCCUAGACCAUAUAUUUCCUGUCUUUUCAUCUUAUUUGCCCUAAUGGGAACCACAUGUAUUUUUAUUUCAGGCAUUUUCCUCUUUUUCUCAUUAUCAAAAGAGUAGUAUCUCUUUCUUUACAUUCCUCUUUGUCAACAUGAAAAAUCAGGAGAGGGACUCAAGAGGAACUUACCAUGUAGCAGUUCUUUCUUUUAUUGGCCAAGUCAGUCCUAGUUUAAAUAGAUGAAAAAGCCAACUGAAGAGGAUCUAUUGACUUCCUUAUAAGACAUCUAAAUUUGUCACCACCGUUUGCUGCCAUCUGCUACCUUACAUAGGAACUGAUUCUCUGAUGCUGUUCUAUAAUAGCAUGCCCCUAUGUACAGUGUAAAAUGAUACCAAAUCGGAAGUUGAUUUUCACACCAAAGGGGCAAGAUAGAACAGAGUCAGGUCCCUUCUAUCCUCAUUCACUAAUCUUUCCAGUCACUGAUCCAGACCUUUGACCACCAUGAACUACUUCAUUUUUGGCCAACUAUGUAUGAACUCCUAGCCACAAGCAUACAUCAUGACUGCUUUCAAACACCUCUUGUUUGUCCUGGGAGCAGCACACACAACUGGCUGUCUUGAAAUUUCAGGCAUAACUGCAAGAGUAAUCAACGGCUGCACUGCUGGAGCACAGUUCCUGCAGAUGUUUGUCUUCAUUAGGCAUGAAUAGGAGGGUGUUUAAUAUAGCACAUCUAGAGUGAAAAUGCAGGCACCCAGAUAAAAAUGCCUUUAAGUUUUAAUCCUCUGAUGGAGACCCAGUCAACUUCCUCUCUGUAGUAAGACUCCAGCUCCACUGUCCUCCAAGUUUUAAUCAUUUUCACUUUGAUUUAUUUAUCAAAAUCAGCAUCUGCUUCUUCCACUAAAAGAAAAUGCACAUUAGCUCUCUAGUCAGUGAAGCUAGACAGGCUUCUAUCCUCUGGACAGUAAAAUAAUUAUAAAACUUGUAAUAUAUUUGAAUCCAUCUUCUUUUUAAUGGUGACAUAUGGCAACUACAAGGUACAACUUUUUUCACAACUUCCUGCUUCCUCUUGAGCCACCACAGAAUGAUUAUCCUCUUAUUACAAAAUGCCUUUAUGGGGCUGGCCCUUUAAACUUGACCAAGGCUACCACUCAUAGUCCUGAAGUGUCUUUUCAGUAUACAACUCAUUUUCUUCAUCUUUUUCUCCAGUGACUAUGUGAUCCUUACUCCUGUUAUAUUCCCCUUUCAUAAUCCUGAAGAGGUGGCACAUUUCUGUAGUUACAUAUGCAUAUGAACAUGCAUAUGCAACCCAGUAAAUUAUAACUGUAUCCUCUAUAAAGAGUCCUCAUAACAGAAGUUUCUGCCUCUACAUAUACCUAACAUAGACUGAAUAGGCCAACAUAAGUCUGGACUGGGAUUAGUUUUUUGGAGGGCCUUAGAACUUGGGUUUCUGAUCUUUCUGCAGUUCUCUGGUAUAAAUGAGCAGUUUCUGCAGAUGUUAUUUAGCAGUAUCUGCACUGCUGAUCAGUAAGUUUCCAAAGGGAAAAAAAAAGGAGAUAAAAACAACAACCAGCCAUCAUCCCAUUCUUAUACAUUUUCAUGUUUUGCCUUUAUAAAGUUUGUCAUGUCUUGCUAUUGAGUUGAACAAAUAAUUGUAAAAGCUCACCAAGGUUUUCAGAAAAGAUAACUCCAUUUUCGUACUAGAACAAUAUUUUUUUUAAAUAUCAUCUCAGAAAGUGAAUAUGGUGAAAUAUUGAUUAUCAUUCCUCUCAUUCUAUUUUGGGACUCUGAUGAUAACAUACAAAAUCCACAAGAGAGCUGCUCUCACAGCUUAUGAUAUCAUCUGACCCCUCAACUGAAUUAUGGCUUUACAAUUGUACUUUCCCUAUCCAUUAUCCAAGAUCCUGAACUGCAUUACAGAAACCUACAAAAUAAAUUACCUGUGCAGCUACUGGAUUUUCUUAAUCACAAUUCUUUCCUUACCUGGCACUCUUCUCCAGGGAGGUUCAGCUGGUAAAAAUGCAUUCAAAAUCCUCAUUGAAUAAAAGGAACAGAAGUGCUUGACAUGUUCAAAACGUUCUUGGAUGCUGCUGUUUUGCCUAUCAUUUUUCCAUCUACCAGUGAGUCUUCACUGAGUCCAGUGCAGGAAGUUUAUAAUGGUUUUACAAGGCAGUGAUCAGUAAUAUAAAUACCCUUUUUUUCCUCAAACCUUAUUACAAAUGCUGUGUUUCUCAAGCUUGUUUCUCCCACGAUUUGUCAUGACAAAUAAGCUAACAAUGUCUACAAAUCACAAAGCAGCUAGACUACAAAAUGCUGUGUUCCUGCCCAGUAGAGAAGAGAUUUGGCUGCAGGGAUAUUCUGGUGGAUGGUUUUUCUGUAGGAGGGGGGUAUUUUUUUUUGGUGGGGGGAGUCAUUUACAUUCAUCAUAUUUUUCUUGCUGAAUCUGUCUUUUUCAUGUACCUUGGAAUUAGCACCAAGUAAAAAAUGACCUAUUGUCAUUACAAACUCACUAUUGUAACUACACAUCUUCUCAUAAUAUAGGCAUGUACUAUUUCAGCCAAAGCUGUUGUGCCUGGUGCAGUAUUGUGUUACUAGACAAAGGCAUUUGAAAAAGGCUAUACAUUUUAUUUUCAAAAUCAGUGUUUUAUUUAUUUGCCUGUAAAAAAGACCCUCUAAGUGCUUAAAGCACAUUUGAGAGCUAAGGUCUGAUUAAAAUAUUCAACAACAGAUUGAAACAACUCAUGUCCUCAAAUAAUAAUUUAGUUUGCCCUGCCUUUUGCCUGCAUACAUUUUUUUCAACAUAAUGCUUUUCAGACAGAUCACGCCUUGUUAGUUCUCUUCUUCAUUCUAUACAUAUAUUAAUGAAUAUGUAUUUUCACUGACAACAGUGCAAGGCACAAUUAUUUCUGUCAUAAUGUUAUUCUUCUCUUAUCCAUGUGCAUAUUUAAAAGGAUAAGGAUCUUAAAAUUUGCAGUAGCUUGCUGAAGAGUCAAGUCAAUAAUCACCUGACCACUACCAAAGGCCUAACUCUUGUUAAGGCACCAAUAGCUAAAAUAUUUUAAUUCUGUUGAUAGGACCUGGAAGGGCACUCUUAGAAUUCACUUCAUCAGUACGUGUCCACAAAGACACUUCUGCAUAUGUUCAAGGUUAUUUUUUUUUCAAAUUGGCUUGCAUCUGAUUGGGGGGAAGGUGGUGGGACAUUUCUCAAAUAAGCAAUAAGAUGCAGUGGAGACUCUUGUUAUCUUGAUAUAAUCAGACCAAGAGAGCACUCAAAGGUGAAUGGAUGUUUAAGUGCACUGAAUUUAGAGGUAUCAGGAUCUCACCUGAAAAAAUCCUAUUGCUACUAAAAAAAGUCUUUACUGAAAAAGGCAAGUCAUCAGUUCUGAACAUUGAAAAAGUCUGAUCAGAGACUGUUAGAGAUGGUGGGGUAACUGGCAUCACCUGUGACUGGAACUCCAUAAUGGGGAGCCCUUGCAAACAAAUAAUGCCAGCAGUGGAAUCCCAGUCAGAGGUUGCCAUGCCAUGUAGGUCCAGAAACCCCCAUGCACCAUCUGUAACUGAAAGUCUCAGUUAAAUGUUGGCUUCACCAGAAAUAUCUUCUGUUUUAAUCUUUGUUAGCAAAACAGAAUGCGCUUCCAUUUGUACUUCCGUUGACAUCAACAGGAGUUUUUCUAUUGACUCCAAGGGGAGAAAAAGCUAAUAUAGCAAGCUCACUACUAAGAAGUAUAAUUCUGUGCUUAUAUCCUCCAUUUGCAGAGCUACAUUUAUGAUAUGUAUUAUUUUCUUUCAUAAUAACAAUAGUAAUAAAGUGUGGGGCAAUCUUUUACACUGUUGCUAAUAUAUUCAGUACUGUAUGUAUAUAUACUUGACACCUCAGUGAAGACUUUGACAUGCCUUAUUCAUUCUAGUUAUUUUUAUGGUAUGGUUUUGUUAGAUUGCUUUACCAUAUAAAGAAUAAAACUAUAACUGUUCUGACUUAAAAUUGUCCAAUUCCUUCUUACCCAAACUGUUAAACAAAAGAUGUGUUCAUCAGCCCUCCUCAUGCUUAAUCUUAUCACCUUCAUCAAGCUUUAUGAAGGGAAUGUAAACUGGUGGUUUGAAAACAGGGAUUUGGUACCCUCUGAUGGACUACAAUAAAUAUCUAAAGUAAGUACAAA